AUGACGGAAUUAUCAUUCGCAAAAUCCUUUCUCACGACACUCGAUACGAGGCCUUCAAAGAUCACAGCAGAUCAUGUCGAAGAUCCAAAGAACUAUCCUGCUCACAGCGCCUAUAUUCUUCCCAAGAUGUCCCGACCCCUAGCAAAGAAAGUCAAGCUCACCCCCGGCGCCGAACGCUCCCUUUCCGUAACCCUCAAAUCCCUCCGCAACCCCCCACUAGACGUCACGCUCCCAUCGCAAGCCCUCAGCACCUCGAUCCUGACUCUGAAGGAAACACUAUCUGCACAGACGUCUAUCCCUGUGGCUAAGAUCAGGUUGCUGUUCAACAAGAAGCCGGCGCCGGAUAGUAAGGUGCUGAAGGAUCUGGUGGGGGAUGAGGAUACGAAAGCCGAGUUCAGUGUUAUGGUUAUUGGUGGUGCGGCGGCGCUGAAAAGGACAGAGAGUGAGGAGGUGGAGCCGAAGGUUGCGCAUAUGGGUGAAGGAAAGGAAGUACUGAAGUCGGAGGAGUUUUGGGCGGAUUUGAAGGGGUUCUUGACGCAGAGGUUAAAGGAUGAGGUGGAGGGGGAGAGGGUGUGGGGUGUUUUUAAGAAGGCGGUUGAUGGUGGGAAGUGA